AAGCCACAACACACAUUGAACCUCACGAAACUAAUAAAGAGAAAGAAGAACAGAAAUAAUUCUUAUCAUUAAUAACUAGGAAGUCCGAUUCAGCCCCGCCUUCUUUGAUAGCAAAAAUCUCAAAUAUUCUCCAUAGUAAUGGUUUUUGGUUGCACGUACUGCAGCAACUAUCUAGUCUAUCGAAAGCUAAAUUGAAUCAAAGACCAGUCUGAUAUGAAGCUGAACUUAACUCCUAACUAUCAGCCGGGUGCGAUCCUCUCCUCAUCAUAUUGCCUAUUGUUUCAUCUACCUACCAUUUCAUCCCUAUCUCCAUUGACUCUCAUAUAUAUACUUUUCUCACAUAUUUAAUAAAUUAGAUGGCUCGGCCUCCCCUUACCUCAAAAAAAAAAAGAAAAAAGAGAGGGAUCAGAGAUUUAUAUCAUGUAUAAAGAUAGAUAACAAAGAGUGAAAUAUAUUAAGGUUAUAGAGAGAUCAGGUUAGUGGCUAUAUGUCUUCCAAGGCACUCUACGGUGACCUUGGAGCUACAAGGCUCACCUUCUCUCUCUCUCUCUCUCGGUCUUAUCCAUCUAACCAUCUCUCUCAGGGUGGUGAAAUGUCUCUUACGAAGCAGGUUGCCCCAUCUCUACUCAAGCCAUUCUUUCUGUUUGUUUCUUAACUUAUUAAAGAUUUUGAAAGGAAAAAAGAAAAAAAGUGUGCUAGAGAGGUUACAUGUCUCCUCCUGCACGUAUAAUAGCAAUUAUAGCAUGACCAUACUUGAGGAUGAAGCAACCUAUUUAUAUUAGCCGGGCUUGUUCUGUCUUUUUCUUUUUUUUCUUUAUAUUCUUGGUUUUGUUAGAUGGUUGGAGGGGUAUUAGGAGGGGGUUUUCUUGUCUUCUGUUUUCUCUCCACCUGAACACCCUGGGGAAUGAUGAGCAAAAGUGGAGAAGAAUUCUAUUCCUUCCCAAAGCUCAAGGAGAAUUGAGGGAGGGGUUGGGGAAGAGAGGACACCCGUAGCUUUAAUAUAUAAGAGAGAGACAGGCUUCUUUCUUCUUUUCCUUUUCCAUUCUUUUCUUUUCUUUUAUCCUCUUCUUUCCCUCCCCAGUCUUUACGUAUCCCUCUUCUCCGUCCUCUUGCCUGCCCUCCAAGGAGAGGUUUUAACCUGGGUGGGUAUGAGAGUUGAGGAAGAAAGAUGAGAUGGUGCAACAGCUGCGACGAUGAUCGCAUGAUCGAGAGGAGCUCGGGUUCUUCGUCUGCACCGAUCGGCAAGAAAUGUCACGCAAACGCGAUCGAGACCUGCCCUUCUUGUGGCCACCACAUCCAAUACGAGGAGCAGGCUGCGGCUGCUGCCAUCCAAGAUUUGCCUGGGCUGCCUGCUGGUGUCAAGUUCGAUCCGACCGACCAGGAGCUUCUCGAGCACUUGGAGGGGAAGGCGAGGCCAAAUUCACAAAAGCUUCACCCUCUCAUCGACGAGUUCAUUCCUACAAUUGAAGGCGAGAAUGGGAUUUGCUAUACCCACCCAGAGAAACUCCCCGGAGUGAGCAGGGAUGGUCUACUUCGACACUUCUUCCAUCGCCCUUCCAAGGCAUACACAACAGGGACUAGGAAGCGAAGAAAAGUGUCUGCCGACGAACAUGGAGGUGAGACACGGUGGCACAAAACUGGCAAGACAAGACCAGUGUUCGCAGGUGGGAAGCUGAAGGGGUACAAGAAGAUACUGGUUCUCUACACCAACUACGGCAAACAGCAAAAACCUGAGAAAACCAAUUGGGUGAUGCACCAAUACCACUUGGGCUCUGAUGAAGAAGAGAAGGAUGGUGAGCUAGUUGUGUCCAAGGUAUUCUAUCAGACGCAACCAAGACAAUGUGGCUCUGCCACAAAGGGUACCGUUCAAGCAAAGUCUAAAGAUAUAGACAGCGACGAUAAUCCUGUCCUCAAGGAUGCGAGCAUCGUCGAUUACUAUAAUUCAUCACUAAUCGCCUACAAUCAAGGUGGACACAAUAGAGCGAGCUCCCCUCAUUUGAUACCCAAUUUCAAUGUACAUGCUGGUGGAACUUCCUUUCUUCCUUAAGUGGAUCAAAGCAUCCUUCUUUUUGCCUGCAUGCAAAAGAAAGCAGUGAAAAAGAAGUCGGCAAGAUGGACGGAAGAAAUGGGAUGUGUGGUGAAUAAAAUUUAACCCGAGUUUAAACCUCUUACAUAAGUAAUAGCUCUCAAGUUAAUACUUGAGAGAAGGUAAUUCCUUGGAAUAGCCAGGAGAUCCAUAAAGAAUAAGACCAUCAGCUUUUGCCUCAGAUGCUGUAAAUAGAGUGCAACUUACAAUAUUUGCAUGCUAAGAGGGAGAGAGUGGGAGACUCUUUUACACGUUCAUAGGGGUAUCAUACUAUCAUGGCAAUUGUGCUUUGUGCUGCCAUAAAGUUUGUAAGAUAUGUAAAGUGACAGCAGAUAGAAGCCUUUAGUUGGAAUUAUUUUCCUGCCUAAAACUUAGCUUAACAGUUUUUCCUUUGCAAUGAUAAUUGGAUGAUGCAAGCUUGCAAAGCCUGGAGGGCUUUGGUUUCUUAAAUCUGAUGCGGUUUGUCUGAGUCUUUCACGCUCUUAUGGGGUUAAAGAAGACGGGCAAAAGCAACGGAGAGAAGAAAAGGAGAUGCUAUAAUCAUCACCGGCAAAGUCUACCGUAUCGAUCCAUUCAAGUGAAGCUGGCUAUGGAGCAUUCUUCUAAGUUGAGAAGGUCUAGUAUACUGUAAUGACAGAAUGCAACAGAAAUCCUCCAACAAUAUUGCAAGCAAAGCAGCGAUAUAUUUGAAGCAAAUAUAAAUCAAUGAUCAAACCAAUGUUUUGG